UCCGUAGAGGCAGUGAGAGUGAAGCCUUAUACGCCAUUUCCCACACAGUCUUCAGUAUCCAUUCAUUUGCCACUCAAUUGCGGAACUUCCAAUAACAAAACCAAUUCAUUAACAGCCUCAUACUCCUACUCCUUGUCUUCUUCAUCUCUUUCUUCUUCUCUUCUCUUCUCUUCUCUUCUGUGUGAGAGUGAGAAUGGAGAAGAUGGCUGCACUUACUAAUAUCCACACCUCCUUCUUCCCCACCAACACCAUUCUUCCAAAGCCAUCAUCUUUUCAACCCUUCUUCUCUACCCGACUUCUUGGCCUACCCUUAUCUUCUUUUUCCGUCUCCAAAAGAUUAUCUUCCUUCACUUCCAGGCCCAUCAAAUGUUCUGUUUCCGAAGCCACAGAGCCCAAAGCUGGUGAGAAGAAGAAACAAUUGUUGAGAAGAGGGGACGUGAGAAACAUAGCGAUUGUUGCUCAUGUUGAUCAUGGAAAGACUACACUCGUUGAUGCCAUGCUCAAACAAACUAAGGUAUUUCGUGAUAAUCAAUUUGUGCAGGAAAGGAUAAUGGACUCGAAUGAUUUGGAGCGCGAAAGAGGGAUCACAAUACUGAGUAAAAAUACAUCUGUCACUUAUAAAGACACAAAGAUCAAUAUAAUAGAUACUCCAGGUCACUCUGAUUUUGGGGGUGAAGUGGAGCGUAUCUUAAAUAUGGUGGAAGGGAUCCUUCUAGUGGUAGAUUCUGUUGAAGGACCAAUGCCACAGACAAGAUUUGUCUUGAAGAAGGCUUUGGAGUUUGGUCAUUCAGUUGUUGUGGUUGUGAAUAAAAUAGAUAGACCUUCUGCUCGCCCAGAUUUUGUUGUCAAUUCUACUUUUGAACUCUUCAUUGAACUGAAUGCCACAGACGAACAGUGUGACUUUCAAGUAAUCUAUGCAAGUGGUAUAAAAGGGCAAGCAGGUUUGUCUCCCGAAAAUCUGGCAGAAGACCUUGGUCCAUUGUUUGAAUCCAUAAUUAGAUGCAUCCCUGGACCGCGCAUUGACAAAGAUGGUGCUCUUCAAAUGCUGGUGACAAAUAUUGAGUAUGAUGAACAUAAAGGGCGUAUAGCAAUUGGGCGUGUGCAAGCUGGAGUUUUGCAAAAAGGAAUGGACGUUCGAGUAUGUACUUCAGAAGAUUCGUGUAGAUUUGGAAGAAUUAGUGAGCUCUACGUGUAUGACAAAUUCAGUAGGGUUCCUGCAGAUAAUGUGGAGGCAGGUGAUAUAUGUGCAGUGUGUGGAAUUACUGACAUUCAGAUUGGGGAGACAAUUGCUGAUAAAGUAUCUGGGAAGCCACUACCUUCCAUCAAGGUGGAAGAACCAACAGUGAAAAUGUCUUUCUCCAUAAACACUUCACCUUUUGUUGGCCGUGAGGGAAAGUAUGUUACUAGUAGGAACUUAAGGGAUAGGCUUUAUCGUGAACUUGAGCGGAAUCUGGCUAUGAAAGUUGAAGAUGGUGAGACAGCUGAUACAUUUGUUGUCAGUGGGCGUGGAACUUUACAUAUCACUAUACUCAUAGAAAAUAUGCGAAGAGAAGGCUAUGAAUUCAUGGUUGGACCUCCCAAAGUUAUCAACAAGCAGCUGAAUGAAAAAUUGUUGGAACCGUAUGAGAUUGCAACUGUGGAGGUACCAGAAGAGCACAUGGGAGCUGUUGUUGAACUUCUUGGCAAGAGACGAGGACAGAUGUUUGACAUGCAAGGAGUUGGAUCGGAAGGAACUACACUACUCAAAUAUAAGAUCCCAACACGUGGUCUUCUUGGAUUGCGGAAUUCAAUUUUAACCGCAUCACGAGGAACGGCUAUUCUCAACACCGUCUUCGAUAGCUAUGGACCUUGGGCCGGUGAAAUUAGUACCCGCGAUCAAGGGUCAUUGGUUGCUUUUGAGGAUGGAGCAAGUACUUCUUAUGCAAUCUCUAGUUCACAGGAGAGGGGACAGAUGUUUAUUGGACCUGGUGUGGAAGUUUAUAGAGGUCAAAUUGUUGGCAUCCAUCAGCGUCCUGGGGACUUGUCCUUGAAUGUCUGUAAGAAGAAAGCUGCUACCAACAUUCGUUCCAAUAAGGAACAAACAGUGAUUCUUGAUACACCAUUAGACUAUAGUCUGGAUGACUGCAUUGAAUACAUCCAAGAAGAUGAACUUGUAGAGGUCACCCCAACAAGUAUCCGAAUGUGCAAGAAUCCAAAAUUAGCAAAGAAACAAAGGUAGACUUUCACUGUGAAGCAGUAAGUUGCAAAUGCUUUUUGAGUUAGCAGCUACUAUAGCCGAAGCUGCAUGACUCAUGAAUGCUGUUGCUGCUGAAUUGAUGAAGAAGUAAAUCACUACCAUUGAUGUAGUGUCACAUAUUCUUCGAAAGCUGCAUGCAGAAUAAUAUAGGAACGGCUGGAAGCCGUAUUCAAUAUUGAUUAUAGGUAUUGGUCACAGUUGAUUUAAGGGGAAAAAGUAACAUUACAGAGUUUUGUUUACUUGCUUUAUAAAGUCUAUUUUAGCAGAGUAAGGAAGUUGAAGAUAUCAAUUCUUCAUAUUGGUUGGCAAAUAGCAACACAACACAACACAACACCUUGGGUUAAAUUUCCAGUGAAAAGCAUUUCUGAAUGAAUAACAAGCUAGAAAAGCAUUUCAUGCA